AUGGAGAGCCCCGCGGGCGGCAGCGCGGUCCCGGAGCCGGCGCUCCCCGGCGCGGAGCCCGAGUUGGCGGCCGGGGCCCCGGCGGAGGCGGAGGUGGCGGAGGUGGGAGCGGCAGCCCCGCGGGCGCGCUGCCUGAGGGCCGUGUACGUGCUCAACGACCCGCCCAAGGCGGGCUCCGGGGCGCGCAGCCCCGAGGCCGGGGCGCGGCACUGCCUGCUGCGGGCCUGCGAGGCCGAGGGCGCCCAGCUCAGCACCGUCAACUUCGGGGAGCUGGACUUCGGCGAGACGGCGGUACUGGACACCUUCUACGACGCGGAUGUUGCAGUUGUGGACAUGAGUGAUAUUUCCAAGCAGCCAUCCCUGUUCUACCACCUUGGYGUGCGUGAAAGCUUUGACAUGGCCAAUAAUGUUAUUCUUUACCAUGACACUGAUGCUGACACUGCUCAGUCUCUCAAAGAUAUGGUAUCUCAGAAAAACACAGCUUCCAGUGGCAAUUAUUAUUUUAUUCCCUACAUUGUCACACCUUGUGCUGACUAUUUUUGCUGUGAAAGUGAUGCCCAACGGAGAGCCUCAGAGUACAUGCAGCCCAACUGGGACAACAUCCUGGGACCACUCUGUGUCCCACUGGUGGACAAAUUCCUCAGCCUUCUCAAGGAUGUCCAUGUUACAUCAUGUGCAUAUUACAAAGAAACACUGCUAAAUGACAUUAGAAAAGCUAGAGAGAAGUACCAAGGAGAUGAACUGGCCAAGGAGCUGGCCAGGAUUAAGCUUAGGAUGGAUAACACUGAAGUGCUGACCUCUGACAUUGUCAUCAACCUGCUCCUUUCUUACAGAGAUAUUCAGGACUAUGAUGCUAUGGUGAAGCUGGUGGAAACACUAGAAAUGCUUCCUACCUGUGAUCUGGCUGAUCAACACAACAUUAAGUUUCAUUAUGCUUUUGCAUUGAAUAGAAGAAAUAAUGCWGGUGACAGAGAGAAAGCACUCCAAGUUAUGCUUCAAGUCCUGCAGAGCUGUGAUCAUCCUGCUCCAGACAUGUUUUGCUURUGUGGGAGGAUCUACAAGGAUAUGUUUCUUGAUUCUGACUGUAAAGAUACCAAUAGUCGAGAUCAUUCCAUCGAAUGGUAUCGCAAAGGAUUUGAGCUCCAGCCAACUCUGUAUUCUGGAAUUAACCUUGCAGUUUUGCUGCUUGUUGCAGGACAGCAGUUUGAAAGCUCAAUGGAACUGAGAAAAAUAGGUGUACGGUUAAACAGUUUAUUGGGAAGAAAAGGAAGCCUGGAAAAAAUGAACAAUUACUGGGAUGUGGGACAGUUCUUCAGUGUGAGCAUGCUGGCYAAUGAUGUUGGUAAAGCAGUACAAGCAGCAGAGAAGCUUUUUAAGCUGAAACCUCCAGUUUGGUACUUGAAAUCAUUAGUUCAGAAUCUGAUGUUAAUUCAGCGUUUCAAGAAACUCACCAUAGAACAUUCUCCUAAACAAGAAAGAUUGACUUUCUGGCUAGAUAYAAUUUUUGAGGCAACGAAAGAAACAACUAAUGGACUGAGAUUUCCAGUUUUGGUGAUAGAACCAACUAAAGUCUACCAGCCUGCUUAUGUUUCCAUCAACAGUGAAGCAGAUGAGAGCUCUCUGUCUUUGUGGCAUGUCUCUCCAGCUGAAAUGAAACAGAUUCAUGAAUGGAAUUUUACAGCUUCUUCCAUUCGGGGAAUAAGCAUUUCCAAGUUUGAUGAACGAUGUUGUUUUCUCUAUGUCCAUGACAACUAUGAUGACUUUCAAAUCUAUUUUUCUACAGAAAACCAGUGCAGCAGAUUCUGUGGUUUGGUAAAGGAAAUUUUGUCUGAUGCAAUGGGCAGUACUUUGGAACUAGAAGGAGAAAUAGAUGGAGACACAUUGGAGUAUGAAUAUGAUUACGAUGAGAAUGGUGACAGGAUAGUUCUUGGGAAAGGUACUUAUGGAAUUGUUUAUGCUGGRAGAGACAUUAGCAACCAGGUCCGAAUAGCCAUCAAAGAAAUACCUGAGAGAGACAGCAGGUAUUCCCAACCUCUUCAUGAAGAGAUAGCACUGCACAAAUAUUUAAAGCAUCGGAACAUUGUCCAGUAUCUUGGAUCUGUUUCAGAAAAUGGAUACAUUAAGAUUUUUAUGGAGCAGGUGCCAGGAGGCAGCCUCUCAGCUCUMUUAAGAUCGAAGUGGGGCCCAAUGAAAGAACCUACAAUUAAAUUUUACACCAAGCAGAUUCUGGAAGGCCUGAAGUAUCUCCAUGAGAACCAGAUUGUACACAGAGAUAUAAAGGGGGACAAUGUUUUGGUGAACACCUACAGUGGUGUGGUGAAGAUCUCAGAUUUUUGUACCUCCAAACGGCUGGCAGGAAUCAAYCCAUGCACAGAAACAUUUACAGGAACGUUGCAGUACAUGGCUCCAGAAAUCAUUGACAAAGGACCACGAGGAUAUGGUGCUCCAGCUGACAUUUGGUCCCUGGGCUGCACCAUCAUCGAGAUGGCAACAGGCAAACCUCCAUUCCAUGAGCUGGGGGAGCCUCAAGCUGCAAUGUUUAAAGUUGGGAUGUUUAAGAUUCAUCCUGAAAUUCCAGAAUCAGUGUCUGCUGAAACAAAGAGCUUUAUUUUGCUCUGUUUUGAACCUGAUCCAAGUAAACGUGUKACAGCAUCUGAUUUGCUCAGAGAUUCUUUCCUGAAGCAAGUAAACAAGGGCAAGAAGAGCAAAAUUGCAUUCAAGCCCUCAGAUUACAAUCGGAACACGUCCCUCCCACUGCCAAUCCAUGGAGAGCAGGCUGGCAGCAGCAGCAGUGAGCACGGCUCUGUGUCACCAGACUCUGAUGUGCAGCACGACGUGUUCUUCGAAAGGCCAAAGAGAUCCAUUUCUGAGAUCCAGACAAAGCAUCCCAUUUCCCAUUUACUSAG